CUCUCCCUCCCUUCCUUCCUUCUCUGCGAAGGUACUCAUCUGAAAAAUGAGAACAAAGUGAUUGUUCCUGUUCUCUUUCUUAAGUCACUUCAAAUGCUGUUGGUGAGGCUGGAGGCUCAUUGUGAGGAGCGCAGAGCAGGAGACAGGCGGGUGAUGGACAGUUUUCACUCUCAAGAUCUGAAGAACGUGUAGAAAACCUUCAGCAUGGAUUCAAAGGAGAGCGAGAGCAAGCGCAUGGAGGACGUUCCCUGCAGAAGCGUUGAUCUUUCCCUUCUUCCAUACCCUCUUCCUCAUCCCAUCGUCCCUCAACCCCACAGAUACGUCCCUGACAUGAUCGACCUCAACCGGCUCCGGCUGCACCGCGUCGUCCAGGUCAAACAGGAGCUGCCGCUGUGGCCUCCGUCUGCGCUGCUCGUGCGCUCUCCUCCGCCGUACUUCCAUCCUUUCCAUCCCAGCUUAGUGCCGUUCCCGUUCCUCCUGCCCGGCUCCGUCCCGCACCUCUCCCCGAACCCCUUCUACCCGAGCGACGUGCCGAGGUUCCGCCGCAGGAGUCCGGAGGCCGCCAGAUCCGCCGCCGAGAAGCUGAACGUCCACGUGGACGACAGUUACUACGUGGACGUGGGCGGCGAUCAGAAGCGCUGGAAGUGCCGCAUGUGCGAGAAGUCGUACACCUCCAAAUACAACUUGAUCACGCACAUCCUGGGCCACAGCGGGAUCAAGCCGCACGGAUGCAACCUCUGCGGGAAGCUGUUCAAGCAGCUGAGCCACCUGCACACGCACAUGCUGACGCACCAGGGCGCGCGGCCGCACAAGUGCCAGGUGUGCCACAAGGCCUUCACGCAGACCAGCCACCUGAAGAGGCACAUGAUGCAGCACAGCGACGUCAAGCCCUACAGCUGCGGCGUCUGCGGCCGCGGCUUCGCCUAUCCCAGCGAGCUGCGCGCGCACGAGCUCAAGCACGAGAGGGGGCAGGAGAACGUGUGCGUGGAGUGCGGACUCGACUUCCCCACGCUGGCGCAGCUCAAGCGCCACCUGACGGCGCACCGCGGGCCCGUGCAGUACGACUGCGGCGAGUGCGGCAAGAGCUUCCAGUAUCCCAGUCAGCUGCAGAAUCACAUGAUGAAGCACAAGGACAUCCGGCCGUUCAUCUGCAGCGAGUGCGGGAUGGAGUUCGUCCAGUCGCACCAUCUCAAACAGCACACGCUGACGCACAAGGGAGUGAAGGAGCACAAGUGUCGCAUCUGUGGCCGUGAGUUCACGCUGCUGGCCAACAUGAAACGCCACGUUCUGAUUCACACCAACAUCCGGGCGUAUCAGUGCCACCUGUGCUACAAGAGCUUCGUCCAGAAACAGACGCUGAAGGCGCACAUGAUCGUCCACUCCGACAUCAAGCCCUACAAAUGCAAGCUGUGUGGAAAGGAGUUUAACAGAAUGCAUAAUCUGAUGGGCCACAUGCACUUGCAUUCUGACAGCAAACCCUUCAAAUGUCUUUACUGCGCCAGCAAGUUCACGCUGAAGGGAAACCUGACCCGCCACAUGAAGGUCAAGCACGGGAUCAUGGACCAGGGACUGGACGCUCGGGUGUUCCGGCGACGGGGACGGCUGUGUCUCUCUGGCCCGCUGCGGAUCCUGUCCCGCAUCGGUCAGGACGAGCCCUUCGAUCUGUCCCAGAAGAACCACGGGCAGAUGCAUCUGUCUCCGUCUGACGGCGGGAGCUCCAGCCGGGAGGAGGACGAGGACAGUCUGUACAGAAUGAGCCAGUACAGUCCUGACCUCUACAACCCGGCGCUGGAGACCAGAGACGAGGAGGAGGAUGAGGAGAGAAAGGAGGAAGAGAAGAAGAAAACGGAUGACAAACAGUUCUACAGUGAUAAAGAGGACGAUUUCUGAGACAGACUGACAAACACGCUGUGAAUGAUGAUGUUUCAAAUAUUUUUUUUCAUGUGAAAAAUGUACAGAAAUCUUUGCAAGUAUCUUGAUUUUUCAGAAGAAUUGUAGCAUGUUUAGUCUACUUGGUAUAAUAUUUCAUAAUGUCCAAUGAAAUUAAUAUAAUUGAGAGAAGAAAACUGAUAUAUUUCUGAGCAUUAAUGCUAAUUGCCUUCAAUGGAGGUGUAACGGCUCUGAAAAAUUAAUGACGACGGUUGAUGCAGUUCUGACAGCUUCCUGAUUUCUGACAGUUUUGUAUUUUUGCAAUGUGUAAAAGCAUGGAUGAUCAUAAAUGAUUUCAGUUGACCGCAGUGUGAACGCUGAUCAAUAUUUAUGUAUACAAUAAAUUCAUUUAAAGAUUAAA